AUGACGCUCCCUAAACGCAGGAAGACGUUAGCUCUUCUGUUGUUUGCGCUAUUUUUCGCCUUGACAUUCACGACCUUUCUCUUCAGCUUCACCUUCCAAGAGCCUUCCAGCCACUUCUUCAAACACGCCUUCCACUUGGCGGUUUCCUCCAAGGGCCGGUGCGCCUGCAAGCAGUGCAUGACAGAGGCGGAGGGUGACACUUGGUUCUUGGAGCGCUUCAACCAGUCCGUCCAUCCGCUGAUGACCAGGGACAACAGUGCCCUCUCGGACGAAACAUUUAAAUGGUGGCAGUUGCUGCAGCCGGAGAAGCGUCCGGCCAACUUCAACGAGGUGGUGGAGGAGCUUUUCCAGGUCAUUCCUGACAACGUGCUUUACACCGACGCUGGGCCGGAACGCUGCCGGACCUGUGCUGUGGUGGGGAACUCUGGGAACCUCAAAGGGUCGCGGUAUGGCGGCCUUAUCGACUCCAAUCAGUUCGUUAUAAGAAUGAACCAAGCUCCCACAGCUGGGUUUGAAGAGGACGUGGGUGCCAGGACAACACAUCACUUGAUGUAUCCGGAAAGCGCUAUUGACCUGGACAAUGCCACCAUCCUGGUGCUCAUCCCCUUCAAGACUCUGGACCUGCAGUGGAUGAUUAGCGCCUUGACCACAGGCACCAUUAAAUACACUUAUGCUCCAGUUAUGUCCAAGAUUAAGGCAAAUAAGGAUAAGGUGCUUAUUUACAACCCGACUUUUUUCAAAUACGUGUACGAGUCUUGGCUGGAAGGACACGGACGCUAUCCGUCCACAGGCUUCCUCAGCUUGCUGUUCGCGAUCCACAUAUGCGAUGAGGUGAGUGUGUUUGGAUUCGGCGCAGACCAGUAUGGGAACUGGCACCACUACUGGGAGGAGAACCUUCUGAAUGACGCGUUCAGAUACACUGGAAUCCAUGAUGGUGAUUUUGAAUACAACAUCACAACACUUUUGGCAGAUAAACACAAAAUUCAAAUGUUUAAAGGGAGAUGA